ACAACUAACAAUUAUUGACUAUAGUAAUUAUUUACUAAAAUAAAUAAUUAUUCCAUAUUGUUCUGGUAAUUGUUAUAUGUGGACUUAGAACAAUGAAUCAAAACGACAUACGUUCUCAGCGACAAUGUGAACAAGACGAGCGCCGGCUCUCUUUACAACGCAACAAUGCAUACUUUUCUUUCGUCUCACCGCAAAUCGGUGAUCGAGCACCCUCACCUUCAACUAACUCGAAACUUUUGCCCUCAGAGAACGACAGACCGCGUUCUUGCUCUCCCUCUCUGCCUGCUUCGGCUCACAAGUCGUGGAGCGAAGAGACCGCCUCUCCUACCCCGCUCCUCUCGCAGCACCAAACGACCGUCCCGGGUAACUGUAACACUGCAAUAACGAGUGCAGUGACCUCACUGGCAACUGUCACUGCUACCACAACAACAACUUCGUCAGCGGCCCAACUAAUUAUCGCUGUGCCAGCUGUAAAUAAUUCAGCAGCACUGACCGUUUGCAACAACAAUAAUGCACGAGUUACCACAUCUACAUCUACUUCCCCACCCCCUAAACCUCCACGCCAGAACCAUUAG